AUGGCCGCCAAUCCACUCACUAGCCCAAAUGGCAUCCUUAGCUUUCUAACUGAGGACUUCAAACAGUCACCAGGCAACUACAUCACGGCCCUGGUCGUACUGCUCGCCAGUGUCUUGCUACAUAAACUAUCAACGCCAUCCCUUGAAGCGGGCGAGCCUCCCUUGCUCAAACCUAAAUUCCCCAUCGUUGGACAUUUCUACGGCUUGAUGAAACACCAAAACAUCUACUUAAAACAACUAUAUGACAGAUCUCACAGACAAAUCGCGACUCUCCCCAUACUUGGCGGCAAACUCUACGUUAUAUUCGACCCAGUCAUCGUUCAGUCUGCAUACCGAAAAAAGACACUAUCGUUCGAACCAUUUGCUUCAGAGUUUGCACAGAGAGAACUGCUAUUGUCCGAUCGGGUUCAGUACAAGCUUAAGAAUACCGAUCUUGUGCCAGAGUUCUUCGCUGCUAUCCAUCCUGCCAUGACAGGCGAUCAUAUUCAUCGCAUGAAUGCAAAUGCCUUGAACUACAUAUCGAAAGAUAUCAACAAGAUUAGCGGACACGGCAACCUGGAGAAUGCAAAUCUCUGGCUGUGGUUAAGAGAUCUUGUGACUAUGGCAACCGCUGAAGCACUAUACGGAUCCAAGAAUCCAUUGAGACAGGAUCAUAGCUUACUGAAUGAUGUUUGGACGUUCGAGGCUGGUCUCAACAUGCUAUUGGUCAAUAUUCUCCCGGCCAUCACAGCUCCCAAGGCUCAUCAAGCCAGAGCGCGACUCCAAGCAGCACUGGGAAAAUACUAUGGUGCAAGAAGCUAUCAAGAUGAAGACGCAUCAGAAAUAGUCAGAGCCCGAGCAGGUGCUUUUGUAAAAUAUGGUGUUCCAGACGAGGAAGUCGGCCAUAUCGAACUGGCGCUCCUGCAUGUCGGUACGGCUAACACCAUUCCCACUCUGUACUGGUUCUUUGUCAACGUAUUUAAUCGACCUGAACUUGUACAAAGACUGAGGAAAGAAGUUGUCCCAGUCAUAUAUAAGGAUGGAGAGGACAAGGCUGUUGUUGAUGUGACGAUUUUGGAUGAGAAGUGCCCCUUACUUGUCAGCUGUUACCGAGAGGCUAUUCGACUGAGCAAUCAGGCCGUAGGCAACCGCCGUGUCCUGGAAGAUACAACGGUCACAGACAGCAAAGGAAACUCAUACCUUCUAAAGAAAGGCGAGAAUGUCCAAAUGUCCGCUGCAGUCAGUCACAGCCUCGACACCUGGGGCGAAGACGUCUCCGCCUACAAACCAGAUCGUUUCAUCGAGAACAAGGCCAACACAGAGAACGAAAAGGCAAAGCGUUCAGCUUUCAUCGCCUUUGGUGGCGGACGCAAUCUCUGCCCUGGACGAAAUUUUGCAUUUGCUGAAAACCUGGGACUGAUAACUUGUCUGCUGGCAGGCUUUGAUGUCACAUUGCCGGAUGGACCUGGGUUCCCGGCCAGCGCAGACUGUAGUUUCUCACAAGCUGCUAAGAAACCCUUGAAUGACGGAGAAGGGUUCGGUGUGCGAAUAGAGAGGAGAGUGGGGUGGCAGGAGGCCCAGUGGUCGUUCAAGUCUUAA